GUACAUUAAAUUGGUGAGUAAUUUGUAAGUUCUACGGUCCUUAUUCGUUCUUGGAAUCAAACUUCUAAAUCAGUUUUGGAAAGAUAAAACUGAACAUUUAACGAAGUCGAUCAUUUGUUUAACAUUUGGAAAGCAAUCGAAUCGUGUGUAUGAUCAUCCGUUGUUGUUUUACUCCAGCUGUUUUCCGUUGUGGUUUUAACUCUAUCCAGCUCCGUCGUAUUCGCAUAGCAGUAAGCUAUUUAUUUGCCUUAUCUCCGAAUCGCGUUUGUGUCAUCGCUUAAAGAAGCAAGCACCCACCUGAAAAUUGUAACCGCAGCUGCGUAAAAGGGGACUUUAAUACUUGAAUUUUGGAUAAAUGUACUAUCAUGUGGAUGUGAUGCAUAUCGGUUCGGAAACCAAUCGUUUGAAUGAGCCAGUUGUAUCCAGGAUGACUCCUGACUAAAAAUAAUACUUUCGAAUCGCGCAUGCCAGAUUCUUUUUGGAGUUGUUUGGAGAAACUAAAACUGGAUAUACUUUGCAAUUAUUCACGGACUUUUAAUCAAGCAAACCACUAUUCAUAAUCCCAUCAGUUAUGCCGAAAUUGUUGGUUAUUCCAGCCGCCUUCUUGUUUUUUGCGCCGGUGAUCCUGGCCUUGAUUUGCGAGCAUUACGACGAUGUCCCAUGCCAGCGCAAUAAAACAGAAUGCCGCGUCAAACAGAAAGUGUGCAUUGAUGAACCCAUGUGCUACGCGUUUUGGAUACUGCAGAAAAUUGACGGUGUGGAGCGCAUGAUUGUAUUGAAGAAAGGAUGUUGGAGUGAUAACAGUUGCAGUAACCAGUCACGAUGUAUCAGCCGGCAAAAUCCUCGGGUAAACCCUUUCAAAAGGGAAGAAGGGCCAAACUAUUUCUGCUGCUGCGAGGGAAACAGCUGUAAUUCGCAGCUGUUCAUGACGCCCGAUAAGUCCACCAAUGUGUCGGAUCAGAUGAAAUAUCAUGAAUACCUUCCGCAUAAAGAACUGCAGACUGCAUCGCGUAUAACAGAUCUACCGUUUCAAAUGCUGAAUGAGCCGGAAAACCCUAAUCGUUAUCAAAGCAACAAUUCCAGUUCCGGUGAGAUUACAGCCGGCCGACUACCGCAUGGUCCUGUCGAGAAAGCCACCACUCUGGAUUCUUUUGUGGUCAUUGUCAUUAUUGCCAGCAUUUUGUUCGCGCUCAUCGUGCUGGGAGUUUUGUUUGUGUGCAUACAUCGCCGAUACCAUAAUCAGGCGCCUUGGGAUGGCAAAAACUCGGGUGUUGACUUGGAAAGUCCGUUACAGAUGGCGCCACUAAUUGCCAAAGAGUACGAAGAUCAAGACGGUUGCGCAUUGCUAAAGAAGAUCCAGUACCUGGAACGGAAGUCCUUAGGGAGAUACGGAGAAGUCUGGAAAGGCAAAAUUAACGAGGUUAUUGUCGCGGUAAAAGUGACCCCUAUCGCGGAAAUGUCAACAUGGAGCAAUGAAGUGAACAUUUAUAAAAAGUUUCUUCUGUCUCCGCAUCCCAGCAUUCUGCGCUGUCUGAUGUCGAGUGAUCCGGGGUCUGAUCUGGGUCGCUUACUCUUGGUGACCGAAUUUCAUCCCUUGGGCUCCCUUAUGGAAGUACUCAAAUGUCGUGUGGUGAGCUUGGAUGAAGCGGAAAAGAUUAUGAGUAGUAUGAUAGCUGGUAUCGCAUUUCUCCACGAUUCGGAUGGGAAACCGGCAAUAGCGCACCGGGACUUCAAAUCCACUAAUGUGCUCAUUAAGAGCGACCUCACCGCCUGCCUGGCCGAUUUCGGGCUGGCCAGUGCAUUCGAGCCCAACGAACGUAUUGGCGAUAAACAUGGACAGGUUGGCACGCGACGCUAUAUGGCACCGGAGUUGUUGGAAGGCGCCAUUUCGCUGAAUGUUGCAUCAUUCCUACGCGUCGAUAUUUAUGCAUGCGGUUUGGUGAUGUGGGAAAUUUUAUCGCGAACCCGAUUCACUCCAAAUGAGCAAGUCGGAAUAUACAAGCUGCCGUUCGAAGACGAACUGGGAAUUAGUCCGACCAAUGAAGCUGUUCAGGGCUCUGUGGUUCAUAAGCGCGUACGGCCGGUGCUUAAGGAAUCAUGGCGGAAGGAUUCGAGAACAUCUCCAGUAUGCGUCACCAUUGAGGAGUGCUGGGAUGCGGAUCCGGAAGCGCGACCCACUGCAUCGUGUUUAUUGAAUCGAGCGAGACAGUUUGCUCACUUGCUCGGUUCGUCGUCGGAUGGUGAACUUCCGCCGCGCUACAGCGACCUGUCAUUAAUAUCACCGUCGCUCGCAUCGCCCCUACGGGACACCACCGUGGUGGCAUGAAACCCGGGAAAGGGGAGAAAAUAUUAUCAUGGCGAGCAUUAUUGAGAAAGCGCACUUUUUGCAGAACCCGAGUGAUUGAUUUGUAUUCAACCGGAAUGUAUACAGGAGGAGAAGGCAUUUUUAUCUAUAUGCACACUGUAUAUCUCUCUCUUGCUGUCUGUUUCUCCCUUAUAUUGUUUUUGUGAAUCUUGAUUGACCCAAAUUUGUGGGACCAGACUGCGCCAGACCGCGAUGCAGACCGUACGCACACAUUAACUACACAGCACCAAGUCAUCGUAAUUGGCCAGCGUUCUGAACAGUGGCCGAUCUUUUGAUUGACAAAAGUCGAGCGGAGAGAUCCAAGUAUGCUGAACCAGAGAUGCCUCCCAGUACGUUAUAUGACACAGCUGAUUGACUGGGUUAUACUCACUGCGAACUGACCCAGUCCCGCCUGUUUGAUGAACCGGCACGGUAUUUUGACGAGCUGCCGUACGAAGUGAAGGACAGUGUGUAUUUCACUGUACAUGAAGAGCUGAAAGAGGGAGACGAGAAUGCGGCGGGGGAUGCGAGAUGUGAUCUUUGGACAAUCGGAAGUAUUGACAUCUUUAUUUGUCCAUUGGGUUGGAUACAUUGUUGGAGAACGUACACGGAUUCCCCUGUAUUACGUCGAAACUCUUGACCAAAGUCCGGACUUCUUGUGCCGUAUAUGUUACCAAUGAAUUUUUUAUACCUCUUCUGUUCCUUUGCGUGGCCAGUAUGACUACGUAAUGGCAGACAACGCGUCCAAAUGUUUAACGAACACACAGGCUUGUUCGUAGAUCUGAAUUAUUUCAAGUUUUAACUUAUAUUUGUUCAUUUUUAGCUUGAUUUUUACAUAGUUUUAAUUGCUUUGUUUUUGACGUUUUGAUUGCAUGCUUGCGUUUUGAUUUUACUUUUCUAAUUUAUGACAUUAGUGAUAUUUCAUGCUAUACCCGGUACAGUUUGUAUUUUUAAAUAUAUUACAGUUUCAGCUUGUUUUUUUAGCAUUUGCAGUGGCUUAGACGUAUGCGCUUUUGCGCUCCACAUUUUAUGUUUGGUUGCUUAUAUUUGGAUUUUGGAUGUCUCGCUGUACUACGUCUAUACCAGAAGCCCGCUGCUGACUGGUCUUUUUGUGGAGAUCGAAGGCCACUAUGUCUGCAAAAAAAUGGACAUCAAUUACACUGGAGAAUUUUGGAAACUUCAAAAUUAUUUCGAUGAAUCCGAAACCUUGCGGUCGGCUAGUGAAACCGGCUUCCAAAGUUCUCUGGUUGCAAAAGUAAAGAAAGCACCGGGUACCACUUUUGCCGAAAUGCCCGUAUGGAUGUUGAUCAGCUGAUUGUAAAAAUUUGUUUUUGCCAAAUAACUGGGGUGAAUGUUCUUGUCGGGAAAUGAAUUCGCACAUAUCUGAUUUUUAAUGUUGUUUGCAGUUUUUAAGAAUAUUAACAUUAUUGAUAUAGUUUGCAGGCGAACUGUUGGUUUGAAUUUUUGGGGAUUAUGUUAUCAUGUUUCUUCAGUGAACAUUUGUACAUAAAAUUCAUUCUGGAGAA